UAUUUUCAUCUUGACUAUCUUGAGGGUUAUUGCUGAAAAUGCGUUUAGUUACGUAUUCUGUGGUUGCAGUAUUUUUGUCGGUGAGGAUUUUGGUUUUUUGUCUGUGGCUAAAGUCAAUCUCUGAAAGGUCAAAGAAUUGUGAUUCCGGUUGGAAUAAAAAUUAUUAAAAUUGUUUACAUAAUAUCAGCAUAUAUUUUCUUGGAAGUUUAUAAUAAUUAUGUGUUCACAAAUUGAGAAUUAACGUGUCGUAAUGGUUUUCGACUCUUUACCUCGUACGGUUCGCAUUCUCUUGCUUGGAGAACCUGGAGUGGGAAAAACUUCGCUUAUUCUUUCUUUAGUGACUGAAGAAUUCUCAGAACAUGUACCACCUAAAGCUGAAGAAAUCACAAUCCCUGCUGAUGUCACCCCAGAACAAGUGCCAACCAACAUUGUGGACAUCUGCUUGGCUGAACAAUCGUUAGAACAAAUUGGUGAAGAAAUUGAAAAGGCUCAUGUUAUAUGCAUAGUGUUUUCUGUUGAAAAACAAGAAACACUGAAUAAAAUUGCUUCAUACUGGUUACCAUUUGUUAGGGAAAACUGCCCAGAAGACCACAGGAAGCCAGUUAUUCUUGUUGGGAACAAGAUAGAUUUGAUUGAUUAUUCUGUUAUUGAUCACAUAUGGGACAUAGCUGAAGAGUAUCCAGAAGUGGACCGUUGCAUAGAAUGCUCGGCAAAAACACUAACAAAUGUCUCGGAAAUGUUUUACAAUGCACAAAAAGCGGUUCUACACCCUAUCACACCCAUUUAUUCUAUUGAGGAACAAGAGCUCACAGAAAAAUGUAAAAAGGCCCUCUCAAGAAUAUUCAAGAUCUGUGAUCUAGAUGGUGAUGGACUUAUGGAUGAUUAUGAAAUUACAUUAUUCCAAAGGAAAUGCUUCGAUACUCCACUGCAAUUACAGGUUUUAGAUGAAGUAAAGUCUGUAAUUGCCCAGAACAUUGCUGGAGGCAUUGAGAAUGAUUGUAUUACAAUGAAAGGCUUUAUAUUUUUACAUUGCCUGUUCAUACAAAGGGGAAGGAAUGAAACAACUUGGACAGUUCUCCGCAAGUUUGGAUAUGAUGAAUCGUUAGAAUUGAUGCACAGCUAUUUGUAUGCAAACAUCAAAGUACCUUCUGGUUGUACAUCUGAGCUUUCAUACAAAGGUCAGCAGUUUUUGACGCAACUGUUUGAAAAGUAUGACAGGGAUAAGGAUGGUAUGCUCAAUCCAACUGAAUUGAAAAAUGUGUUCUCCAGUUGCCCUAGGAUCCCUUGGCACAAUUUGAGAUACACUGUACCAACAAAUGAAAAGGGAUACCUGACGCUGCAAGGCUGGAUGUGUCGCUGGACACUGAUGACGCUUAUGGAUCUACAGAACACAAGUGCCUAUUUAGCAUACCUGGGCUUUAACUUCCUUGAAAACGAGUCACAAAAAGCUGCAAUACACAUAACCCGCGAGAAGAAGGUGGACAUUGCCAAGAAACAGUCGAGCCGCAACGUGUACCAGUGCCACGUCAUCGGCCCGCGGGCGUGCGGGAAAACUGCCAUUUGCCGGAGCUUCCUUGGCAUCGCACAUAAGAAAAUUAAACCAACCCAAGAGCGUGGCAGCGGCGAUAGCACCGACAACUGCUGCAUCAACACGGUCCAAGUGUACGGCCAGGAGAAGAACCUCGUGCUCAAGGAGAAACCCAUCGCGCGCGUGUCGGACUCGCUUAAUCCCAGCGAGGUCAACUGCGAUGUCGCCUGUCUGGUUUAUGAUGUAUCUGCAAGUCGCUCGUUCGAGUACAUCGCUAGAAUAUAUAUUAAAUAUUUCGCCGAGAGCCACAUCCCCGUGCUGAUCGUGGGCGCGCGCGGCGCCGCGGCCGUGCGGCAGGAGUACAUGCUGCAGCCCGACGUGUUCUGCAGCAAGUACCAGCUGCUGCCGCCGCAGAGCUUCGCCGCGCGCGACACCCGGCGCGACGUGUUCGUCAAGCUCGCCACCAUGGCCGCCUUUCCUCAAUUUCAAGCUGCUUGGAUUUUAUUCAGCAAACGCAGACACUUGAAGCAUUUCGCAAGUUUCGCCGGCGAGAACUCCUCGUGGUGGAAGGCCGGGAUCGGCGUCGCGGCCGCCACCGUCAUGGGGCUCGUGCUGCUCAAGAUGUUCAACUUCCAGAAACGAUAACUGCCACCCUGUGGCCGCUGUCCCACCGACGGUUAGCUAGCGAGUAGAGCCAGUUACAGAUAUGUGCAAGUUGCUGAAAAGUGUCUAAAAAUUGGAAAAGUUCUGAGAAAUUUCAGGAAAAGUUCGAUUCCCAUACAAAAAUAUGAGAAGAGUCCAAAACUAUUUUAACUAUUCCAUUUAGGUAGAAAUUUCGCAAUUUUGGAAUCCUUUUGAAUGGCAAGCGGCAGGCACGUCAUUACUCUCACUUCUUCGAGUAUUCUUCUCUCGCGCUGCUCGGAACAGUUAAUGGCGCUGAGCGCAAAUUCACAGACCGUAAAUUAAUUUAAGUAUGAAAAACAGGACUACUUAUAGAUUUUUUCAUGCCUGUUAUGAUGUCACGAACACGAGAAUACUUUAUGGAAUUUCUAUAGUAGUAACAAAACUGACAAUUUCUUCUCUUGGAAUGCGCGCGAUUAAAUGAGGUUCGGUGCCUGGCACCUAUAUAAGACUCGCAAAUAUAUGGUCUGUGUUGUCACUACUCUCCGAGUGGCGUUGCUUUUAGUACCUACGCUGACGUCACGUAUGACGCGCAAAAUUGACAACCCUUUAUCGGUUCAAGUCAGUGGUGCUUCUGUGCAAUUAUAUAUAUAAUUUUUGCAGUAGAAACAGAAGAACAGGUGUUUUGCAGUAGAAUAAAAGAGUUCUCGUUGACAGUGUUAACCGUCAGCGAGCAACUACGAUUCUUGAGUGAGAAUAUAAAUAUAAACAGUCGGUUGCAAGUCGGUGACGGGGCAGCUGCCUAUAAAAUUUGUUGUAUUAGAUCUUCAUCUAUGAAUUAGAGUGCAUUUCACACCAAAGACAUGUAAUUACAUUUGCUUCUCGCAGCUUAAAUACACAGUAUUUUGUUUUUUAAAUGUAAAUAAAGUUUUAUUUAUUCCUG